CUUCCCUUUGCUUGUGUCUCUUUAUCUCUUGCACCCACACAUAAAAGGUUUAUCUUUAUAUAUAUGCUUCGUUUCUUAGUGUCUAAGCUAGCUUAGACCCUAGAGGGUCAACAAUACUGAGUAAAUAAAAGAAAAAAGGGGAAAUACUCUUAAUUUUAUCGGGGAAAUGGCAUUUUUUGGUCUAAUUUUAAUGGGAUUUCUUCCUUUGUUUCCACAUGCUUAUGGCUAUGGUGGGGGGUGGAUUGAUGCUCAUGCCACUUUUUAUGGUGGGGAAUAUGCCUCUGGUACAAUCGGUGGGGCUUGUGGAUAUGGGAACCUAUACAGCCAGGGGUAUGGGACUACUACAGCAGCUUUGAGCACAGCACUGUUUAAUAACGGCUUGAGCUGUGGGGCUUGUUUCGAGAUUAAGUGCGUGAAUGACCCUAGGUGGUGCCUCCCUGGAUCUAUUGUGGUCACUGCCACCAACUUCUGCCCACCAAACAAUGCUGGGGGCUGGUGCAACCCUCCUCAGCAUCAUUUUGAUCUAUCUCAGCCUGUUUUCCAGCAAAUUGCCCAAUACAGAGCUGGGAUUGUUCCUGUAGCUUAUAGAAGGGUAGCAUGCAGAAAGAGAGGAGGCAUCAGAUUCACAAUCAACGGUCAUGCAUACUUCAACCUAGUACUAAUCACCAACGUGGGAGGUGCUGGCGAUGUUCAUUCAGUUUCCAUCAAAGGGUCAAGAACAGGUUGGCAACCCAUGUCAAGGAACUGGGGUCAAAACUGGCAAAGCAACUCUUACCUCAAUGGACAAAGCCUAUCUUUUAAGGUCACCACCAGUGAUGGACGCACUCUGGUCUCUAACAAUGUUGUUCCUCCUAAUUGGUCCUUUGGCCAGUCCUUCACCGGCUUCCAAUUCCCAUAAAAUUACCAUUUUUUUUCUUCUUUCUCGCUCUCCAUUUUCAAAUCUCACAUUCAGAGGAUAGACCAACGGCAAUUCUAGUGUUUUUAGAGUAGCGAAAAUGAUGACAAGG